AUGAUCAAAGAUCUAAUGCGUCUGCUCUUCAGCACGGGACUGUCAUCCACGGCCCCCAGCGAUGAUGACUUCUUCAACGAGCCCUCCACAAUGCGGCCCCGGCUGACUGCCGCGGCGGCGGCGGCGGCCAAGGAGUCCGGUUCCACACAGGAUUCGGCGUCACUGUCGACCUCAUCGACGUAUCAGGUUGUCGCCAGAGGCCAUCCUUGCACCAAAAUACAUUACGCAGCACCCAGUGCAUGA